AUAUGUUUAUUGCUACUCAAGCUAAGAACACAAGUUAAGCUCAAGGACCUCGAGCAGCAGAGACCUGGCCAAAUUGUGCUCCACCAGUUGGAUGUCAAUGGCAGCGAUGAGACCGUACAGGCGCAGGUGGCGUCCAUCCUCUGGAUUGUUGGGCGCAUCGACGUCCUGGUGAACAAUGCCGGAUAUAUCCUUGAGGGUGCCGUUGAGGAAUGCUCGGGACCUGAGGCCGAAGCUGUGUUUGCAACCAAUGUGUUUGGCCAAAUGAGAGUGCUUCGCGCUGUCCUCCCCACUAUGCGCAAGCAGAGGUCGGGGGUCGUUGCUAAUCUAGGCUCCAUCGGCGGAUGGUCUGGGACUCCGGCUGCUGGACUGUACUGUGCCACCAAGGCGGCCUUCGCGAUCUACACCGAAGCUCUGUGCGGGGAGCUGGCCCCGUUCGGCAUAGAGACCACCUGCAUUGAGCCGGGAUAUUUUCGUACCAACUUCCUGAGUAGUGGGCACAAAGUCGUGGCGCAGAACCGAUUGGCCGAGCUGGACAUAGCCACCGAGUCUACGCGGGCAGGUCUGGCGGCGUACGACCACCACCAGCCAGGGGAUCCGGCUAAGGGCGCCCGAGUGAUCGUCGAAGCUUUGACCAAGACAGGACGUUGCGAGGGCCGUAAGCUGCCUCCAGGGCUAGCACUAGGCCGGGAUGCCGUUGCGGCGAUACGUGCAGCAUUGGCUCGCAACCAGGAUGGACUGGACCAGUGGCAAGAUGUUGUCAUGACAACGGACCAUGACGAUGUAGCCAGUUGA